AUGGCGGGCAAAAGCCCCAUGUCGCCCCAAUCACCCGGCACAAGUAACUUGAGCCGCAAAAACUCAAUGUUUCAAACACACCAGGACGGUCACCAGGCCAAGAGAAAGCGGGUAUCUCACGAGUGUGUGGUCCCAAUGAGCAUCAACUGCCACCAGAAAACCAUGUUGCCUAUCCGCAACCACGGUCUCCUACGUAAAUACUACGAGAAGGCAUUCGAGAGCCUGCAGCAGAUCAACUGCCGUAUUCUUGCCAAGGCGUAUAUAAAGCUUGUCGAGCCCCGCAAGCAGGUCAAUUAUCCGUAUAACGGACGCAAGAUCAUCUCGGGCUCCUCACAGCAAUUUGACCCGGAGCUUACCAAGCCUGCUUGGUGGCCAUCGGGCGUCACGCAUCGGGAGCCUGACCAUCUGCUUAAGGCCGAGAGAAUCCGACUCCUGGUACACAUUCUCUGCGAACUACGCAGCAGUCACGCGAUCUGCGUCGAGAAACUGAGAGAAGCCGACCAAUCCAUCCGCCGCCAGAUCUUACCUGGCGAGCGGCUGCAAGUCCUGGACGAGAUAUACAGCGUCCGCGAAGAAGAGGAAGCCUUCCUUGACGGCAGGACAGACGGACAAGCUGUAGUCUGCGUAUCCCGCGUAAACCUCCCCGACAUGGCCGAAGCCCAAGCAAUGGGCUCGCCAGGCUCGACCAUGCAGACCGACCUCAACCCAGUCUACCGCAAAGAGGUCCCGGACAUGGAAUCCCACACCUCCGUCUUCCCAUCCACAGGGAGCUCCCCGACAAGCGACACAACCAAGCACAGCAUGGCGAGCACCAAGUCCACCAGCAGCGUGAGCACAACCUGGGACCCGUGUCUCCCGCCAUCCCUACCCUCCCUAAGCACAUUGAAGCGCACCCGGCCAGGCGAAAGCUCAUACCCCCUGGAGUUCAAUACGAACAUAUUUCAGCACGAGCCCCCAACCACUGUCUCCAUCGACUCGCACUAUCCGUUGAAAUACUACAGUGAGCCGCACCUGGGCCAUAACCAGCACUCGCAACCUCUCCCUGUGAUGGGGAUGACAGGGACAGCGGAUAUGGGAUGUGCGAACCCGUACUAUUUCACCAGUUAUUAA